GCUGUGGCGCCGGUUGCUCAUCGGCGCUGGAUGCAGAGCGGGUCCAGGAGAAAAAGAUGGAGACAGCGGCGAAGCUCGUCGGGUUGCGGCUAGACGGCGUCCCUAACCCAGGUUCAUCUUUGGGCACAUAUAACUUUAAACAACACUUCAGUGUAUGUGAUUUCUAAAAUGUGCCUGAUUGGCACUACUUGGCAUUGGAUUAGGAGCGAAAUUGGAACACAUUGUGUUUUGAUGAAAUCUGGAUCACGAGUCUGGCAUUAAUGAACAACUUAAUUGUUGGCCGAGAUCAUGCCAGGGAUUGUGAUCUUCAGGCGGCGCUGGUCAGUAGGGAGUGAUGACUUGGUCCUGCCAGGAAUCUUCCUCUUCCUCAUUCACACUACCUGGUUUGUGGUGCUUGCUGUAGUUCUAUUUGGCCUAACCUACAGCCCUCAGGAGCCAUGUUCACUCAACCUGGUAGAUCAUGGCAGAGGCUAUUUAGGCAUUCUCGUUGCCUGCAUGAUAUCCGAAGCUGCUAUAAUCUGGCUGAGUAUGCGAGGAAGUAUUCUUUACACAGAGCCACGUGAUUCAAUGCAGUACAUUCUGUACAUCCGAAUGGCAAUCGUGCUAAUAGAAUUUGCAUAUGCAAUCAUAGGAAUUGUAUGGUUAGCACAAUACUAUCACUCCUGCAAUGACAGUACUGCAAAGAAUGUUACAUUAGGGAUUGUAGCUUGUAAUUGGGUUGUCAUCCUGAGUGUCUGCAUAACUGUAAUGUGCGUCUUUGAUCGAACGGGAAGAACAUUUGUAAAACUUCGAGCAACUAAACGUCGUCAGAGGAAUCUCAGAACAUAUAACUUACGCCAUCGUUUGGAGGAAGAGCAGGCCAGUAGUUGGAGUCGACGAUUGAAAUUUUUUCUUUGUUGCACCCGUACACAGGACACCCAGAGAGAUGCAUAUUCUGAAGUUGCUUUUCUCUUUGCUGAGUUCUUCCGAGACUUGGACAUUGUGCCCUCUGACAUCAUUGCUGGUCUUGUAUUGUUGCGUCAGAGGCAGAGGGCUAAACGAUUUGCCGUCCUGGAUGAAGCAAAUAAUGACAUUUUGGCCUUUUUAUCGGGAAUUCCAGUCACCAGGAAUACAAAGUAUCUUGACUUGAAGAAUGCUCAAGAAAUGCACAUGUAUAAGGAGGUAUGCUACUACAUGCACUUUGCACUGGCUGCUUACGGCUGGCCCUUGUACUUAAUGCGAAACCCAACCUGUGGAAUCUGCAAACUGGCCAGCUCAUGCUCGUGUUGCUGUUUCUGUCAUCCUUUGCGACCCAGGUAUGUGCCAAGUGUGACAGUUGAGGAAGACAACUGUUGCAACUGCAAUGUCAUUGCCAUCAAACGUCACUUUCUGGAUGAGAAUUUUUCAUCAGUAGACAUCGUAUAUACUUCUUGCCAUGAUGCGGUGUUUGAGACACCAUUCUUUGUUGCCGUAGAUCACAUGAAGAAAAAGGUGGUGAUUAGUAUUCGGGGGACCCUUUCACCUAAGGAUGCUCUGACCGAUUUGACUGGAGAUGCUGAACGAUUACCAGUUGAGGGGCAUCAUGGAACAUGGCUUGGUCAUAAGGGAAUGGUUCUAUCUGCUGAAUAUAUUAAGAAGAAAUUGGAACAGGAGAUGAUUCUCUCUCAAGCCUUUGGCCGUGACCUGGGAAAAGGGACCAAACAUUAUGGAUUAGUAGUGGUUGGACAUUCUUUAGGAGCUGGAACGGCAGCUAUUCUUUCCUUCCUGCUCAGACCACAGUAUCCUACUCUACAAUGUUAUGCUUACUCUCCACCUGGGGGUCUUCUUAGUUGUGACGCAAUGGAAUAUUCCAAGGAGUUUGUGACAUCUGUUAUCUUGGGAAAGGAUCUGGUGCCAAGGCUUGGACUUUCUCAAUUGGAAGUCUUUCGUAGACACCUACUUGAUGUUCUGCAAAAGAGCACAAAACCCAAGUGGAGAAUUAUCAUGGGUGGCACCAAAUGUAUUCCUAAAUCAGAACUGCCAGAGGAUGAAGAAUUAGCUAACGUUCAGAGUAACAGACAAUGGGCCUAUCCCAGUGACCUUACUAUUGCACUUUCUGCCAGUGUCCCACUCUAUCCCCCAGGCCGGAUUAUUCAUGUGGUACACAACCAUCCAGAUGAAAAGUGUUGCUGUGGACAGGAAGAGUCAACUUAUUAUGCUAUAUGGAGUGAUAACAAGACAUUGGAUGAAGUCAUCAUCUCUGCUGCCAUGCUGAACGAGCACAUGCCUCAUAUUGUCAUGGAUGGACUCCACAAGGUACUAGAGAAUUAUAACAAGGGGAAGACUGCUUUACUUGGUGCAGCAAAGGUAAUGGUCAGCCCAACAGAAGUGGAUUUGAAUCCUGACAUGAUUAUGCAGCAGCAACCCCAAGCAAUAGAACAUGGAGAUCAAAGGAGGAACAGCAGUGUAAAGAGCAAGUCAAAAUCUGAACUAAGCUUUGAAACUCUCUAUCGGACAAAACAGAAUGUUCAGUGCCAAAAUGAUCCUGUUGAGUUGCUACUAAUGGACACUAAAGAGAGGCUGGUAACUGAUAUAGAGGAACGUAGGGCACCACUUGCUACCAUGGAAAGUCUUUCUGACAAUGAGUCUAUCUAUAGUUUUGAUUCACGCCGAUCCUCUGGAUUUCGCAGCAUAAGAGGCUCUCCAAGUCUGCAAGUUGUAAUGGAGAAAGAUGAGUCACAUUGUUUCUACAUUGAUCCAGCAAUUCCAGAGGAAAAUCCUUCCCUUAGUUCCCGGACUGAGUUACUUGCUGCAGAUAGUUUAUCCAAACAUUCUCAGGAGGUGCAGCCAUUUGAACCACUGCAGAACAGCUGUUAUUCUCUACCUAGCCCCCUGCAAGCAGAUUUUGGUGAGCAGGAGAACAAACAAGUCACAGAAGUGGAAGAAGAUAGCUUUUCAGAUAAGUUGCCAAUAGAAGAUGAGAGUAAAGAAUGGACAGGAAGCCUGCGAGAGGUGCCAAGCCCACAAGUGCUUGAAUUUGCAGAGUUUAUAGACAGUCUUUUCAACUUGGAUGGAAAAAGCAGCUCCUUCCAAGAUAUUUAUCAUUUGGUACUUGAUGAUAACUUAGAGGAAUAUAAUGAAAUUCCCAAGUCAGUAAGUGAGCACGAGAUCUUGAUGCGGGCACAGUUUGAACCCAAUUUAGUGCCAAAACCACCCCGUCUGUUUGUCGGAUCAGCAGAUGCUGGAACCUCAUCUGGGAUUUCGGUGUCUCCAUCCUUUCCAUUUAGUUCAAGUGGAGAGCUGAUGGACAUUACUCCAACCUGCAUUAGCAGCCAGGAGUGCCUGACUAUGGAUACAAAGUUGAGAACUUCAACUCCAGCGGACAACCAAUCCAACUCAAACAAGCCUGCAGAACUUGUCAUCUCAGCUCUAUAGAACUCAGUGAAGUACUAACAGAGCACAUAAGCAUGCUAAUUUAUAAGUGAUGUUGUUUUCCUUAAAGAGUAGGACUGUGAAAUUUUAAGAAUAAGAAUAAACCACUUUUGCCCGCAACGGUAAAAUCAAGGAACAGACUUGGUAUAAAAGACCCUAAUGGAUAAAGUCCUCGUCUUACUAGCAGCCAUCAUGUUGAUGUUAAAAUGUAGUUAAUCUGCACUUUCCUAUAUAAUUUAUUUUUAAUCUUUUGGUCUCAGAUAUGACCAAUGAAUAUACAAAAAAGAUCUCCAGUGAGACUAAUAGUGUCAGUUGAUAUUUAAUUACCAAGGGAGACUUAUUUUUAAAUUUAAUUGUGUGAUGUGGAAGUCACAGGAAAAGUUGUCAUUAUGGUCCACUUUUAAUUGCUCAGGAACAGGUGCUGGUGAGCCAUUACCUUGAACUACUGCAUUCUUUGUCUUGUACAUUGUGAGAUUGUUCGGUAGAGUUCCAGCAUUUUGAUGACAAAGGAAUGGCAGUAUAUUUCCAAGUCCAAAUGUUACGUGACUCUAAAAGGAACUGGGGGGGGGGGGGAAUGAUGUAACAUGCUUGUAACCCUUUUAGUUGACAAGUUGCAGGUUUGACAAGAUGGUGUGAUGGUGAUGAUGAUGAUGGAUGGCAUAAAUGUUCAAGAUGGUGAUGGAGUGUUGGUCAAGCAAAUUGUUCUGUCAUUUGUGCUGUAAGGUUUCUUAAUUGGUUAAAAAAUGUCAUUGAGGGUCAGGAGAUGAGCUAUUCACCUUACAACACCCAGUUAUAAUGGUCAUCCUUGUGGCAGAUCCAGUUAAGUUUUUGGUCUAAUGUGUUCUCAAAUUUCAAAAUAACCUUCAAAGAAUAUUGUUUUAUUUUCAUGAAUACAGUUUAGUACUGGGACUUCAAAGCCUACAUCAAUUAGGUAUCAUGUAGGACUCUCUACAAACCUCAGCUGACCAAUGUUUCAGUGUGUGAUAUUAGUAUUGCAGUUACAAGUAGUAAAAUAGUUAGUAUUCCAGCAUGUUGGACAUAAAUAGGAAACAGUGAUGGAAAUCUAGAAAUUCUCAGGUUUGGUUAAAAAUCUGAAUGGAAAAUUGUUAAGUUAAUAUUUCUGGUGAGAUCCUUACAACAGCUAGUUCCAUCACAUUCUAAAUUAAGAACAGAAAAUGCCAGAAAUACCCAGGAAAUUUGUGGAGAAAGAAACUUUAAUUCUAAGCGUUUCUAGCAUUUUUUUUUAUUUCGUAUUUCCAGCAUAUGCAGUUUUAUUGCAAUGCAUCAACUUUCAAUAUCAAGGUUCACUCAGAUUAAUUAUCAUUCUGGUAAUGAUCAAUGUGUCAAUUUCUACCAUUUUCUUCAAUUUACAGUUCUUCUCUGUUGAAAAUCGUGUCUAAUCCUUAACAUUUUAAUUUUUCACAAAAUUAAUUAAUGAUAUUUUGUAGGAAAUAAUGAUUGAUAAUUUAGUCCAUGUUGCAUUUUAUAACUCCUUUAUUUGCUGUAUUUUUGCAGUAAUAUCAUUGCUGUCUGAAACUAAAUAUUCCUGUUCUGUAAUGGAAUUUGCUGUUACUCCCUCUGGUAACAGAUAGACUUAAUGUGGAAAACAAAUUCAGCUUUUAUUAGUUCUUUUCACCAAAGUUAUCAUUUACAAAACUGGAUAGUGCAGGAGCUGACAUCUGGGUGCUGAAAUGUUAAUCUCUCAAAACCAUUAAUGAUUACUUUAAAUAGUUGUAGUGGCAGUAGCAAUUGAUUGUUGAAGAACUGGCUAUUAGGCUGUAAGCAUUCUGUCAUUUCUGGAAGUGGCCUAGCAAUUCUAAAAAAAAACUUUCUAUGCUCAAAUUUUAUGUCUGUUCUGGACAUGCCAUCAUUGUUACAUUUCUGCCACUUGCUUUAGUAAGUGCAUCACAGUUGCUUUGCAAAAAAAAUGGUAUUCAAAUGCAGUUUUGCAGAAUGAAAUCUUGGUUAUCUUCACACUUAAGCUUUGUAAGUCUUGAAUUCAGGCUAUUUUUUAAAAACAAUAUUUGUUGACCAUUACCUGAUAAAUUUGAUUGGCCUUUUAGAAGACAGUAUCUUGUUUUCAAUAGUUUAUUUUAAUAAUGGCUCUAAUCUCUUAUCUUUGCUCUGUAUAGUUCUCAAACAUUUUAUAGCUAUUGUCAUUGCCAAAAUCUUUGCACAUUUGAGCAUUGCUAACACCAAAUGCUUCUCUACGCACAGGUGGAAAAAACAAGUGAGCAGUGGAGUCAGCUGCUUAAAAAUAUUUCAUUCUUUUGUAUGAGCAUAAAAGGAUCAAAAUAGUGUAUGCAACUGGGUUGGUAAUAUUCUCAGCUGUCCCAACUGUUGCUGAACAGUUGUCCGUAAAAGUCCUACUCUAUUGCUAAGAUUAAGUUUUAGGAAGAUGAAUGUGGAACUAAAGGUACUUGUAAGGUACAAGAAGCUGAGGUACGCUGAGCAUGCAGCCGAUGUGCAGCAACAUGGCUGGAAAGCAAGGGUCCGACCGGUCGAAGCAGAGGAUUUGGAGCCACAUCAACAUCAAGGCUACUCCGGGAGUUGGGAGUGUGAGGGUAGACACACCGACAAGCAGUCAAAGACCUCUCCAGAGCUGCUGAAAAGGGUAGUCAGUGGCUCUGGAUGAAGAGAAAGGACUCCAUCUGGGCCCCCACGUGAGUGAAUGGCAUCUAGGGGGUGAGCCCGGGACGCCGGGAUUCACUGCUGAACCCUCCGGAGGUGUCGUGGACCUAUUAGCGAAACACUGAGGAAAGAGGGCGCCCACUUGAUAACCCAGAAGAUGCCACCACUCACUUGGCUACCCCACAGAAUCUAGGCAGCAUGUCGCAGGAGUGCAAAUAAGGGAUAUUAACAUUUAGUCCUGCAUAACAUACCUCCCACCCUCUUCCACUUAAGCAAACCAAAAAAAAGUAGAACUGUAUUUUUGGAGGGUUGAAUCAAUAAAAUAUCAGUAUUACAAUAUGGGUAGGUUUGGCAUGAAUCAAAUAACACUAAAUCCCAAUGCCGGACUAAUUAAUAUUAAUAUUCCUACUCAAACAACCAUGAAAUUACUGGUAUAUAGAUUGAAAAAAGAUGAUUGCACUGAUACACCAGGUGAGGCUUUUCUGUAGCUGCUGUGGCAUAGAGGUGGGAUAUUUUUAAAGAGUUUUUGAGAAGCUUUACUCUGCAUAAGUAUGCGUGAGAUCAGAUGUUCUAUUGUGUGUAAUUAUUAUCCAUCACCUCAGAGUGCAACAUUGGAGACAAAGAAUGUACUGUGCAUUAUGAUAACCUGUGCUUGUACUUUCAUUUUAUGCAUGCAAUAGCAAAAACAGGACUGAUAGAAAUUACACUAACAUUAACUGGAAAAUUGUUUAUUGUCUGUACAUGUUUAAGGUUAGUUAAUUUUACAUUGGAUAUAUGAUAAAUCAAGUAAUGUCUUUCAAGAAUAUAGUUUACCACAAAUAUAAAGCCUAUAUUGUUGUUCAUAUAGCAUAGCCUACUUUAAUUAAAAUUGCAUCACUGCACUAAUGUAUUUGAAUAAAUAUAAAGAAACAACUGUCAGUCUUAGCAACAAAAUGAAUUUUAAUAUAAUUGUUUAGACUAUCAGAUCAAGAAAUGGACACCUAUUUUCUGUAUUGUGAUAAAUCCUAGAAUAUUUAUUGGAGAACUAAGCUUGCAAAGAAACUUGAUUCUUUUAAAUAUUAUUUUGUACAAAUGAAUUAUACUAUGUAGUCAUUAUGUAAUGCAGAAUAGGAAGUAAAAUAAUAUUGAUUAUAAUACCCACACAAUACAAAACAGUUCUGAUGUAGUACACAGCUUGCUUUUUAUUUUAGUUAAUCUACUAAAUAUCAGAAAGUAAAAUUCUAUUAGCCCAUGCUUGGUUGAUAAUAGCCCAUAGGUUGCUUGAUAAUAGAUAAUCUUAAAAAGUAAUUUUUCUAUUGCAUGCAUUUUAAAUAUACUAUUGUAACUUGAAAAAUGUGUUUCCCUCAAAAAUCUAUUAGCUGCAAGUCCUAGCAAAUAUUUAUUUUACUGAACAACUUCAUUGGAAUUGGCAUUGCUUCCACAAGGUAUAUAAUGAGAGUACUCAGUGGAAACACAUACCAAGCUAAUGUCCAGAAUCAACUAAUCAAUGCAAGUUCUGAAAAAAAAUAUAUUUGCUUGCAGCUCCUAUCAAAGUAUAUAAACUAUAUUUAACACAAUUUUAUCAGAUUAAGAUACGCAAUUGGACUUGACGGUUAAAGCUCACUUAAUUUGAUUAUUGCAACUACAGGUGCAGCAACUAAGGAGAUGCCAGUUUUCAAUCUCACCAGAUGCAAAUCUUAUUCUAAGACAUACAUCUGAACUUACUGAUAGGGAAAUAGUUGGGCACAAUGAAGUGUCUCCAGAGGAGGUCCCUCUAUUUCACCUGCAAAUCUAUUCAUUAAAAAUACAAUUUUUAUUGUCUUUUCUCACUUCAGUAGCUUAUUCAAGACUUUGGAAGCUGUAUUUUAACUCCACAUUCUUCUUUGCUAUGAAAAUUGGAACUCCACACAUGCAUAUUUAUUUUCAUUUAGCCCACGUUCAUACUCCAAUUAGUAAUGAUCUGGCAAUAUCUUAAUUAAAAUAUCUAAAAAUAAACAGUUAAAAGUUACCAUUAAUUGAACAUGGGAUAAAAUAGACUUCAAUGGAAUUUUGCACAUUUGGUAGUAUUUGACAACCAGGUCCUUUACAAUUGAUUUUUCAGCACGCAGGUCUUGCUGACAUUGUCAAUAUUUUAUUAUCCAUUCCCAAAAUACCCUUUAAGAUAAUGUGGUAGUGAGUCAACUACUACAGAUCUUUUGGUAAGGUACUAACAUUGUGAUGUCAGAUAGCAAGUUGUAGUAUUUCAACCCAGUAAGAAGAAAGGAGCAGUGAUGUAUUUCCAAGUGAUUUGGAAUUAAACUUGUAGGCAGUUCCAUUUUUGCUAUUGAUGGUGAAGGCCAGAAACCUGGAAGAUGUGGCUAAAACAACAUGAGUAAUGUAUUUCAGAAAGAGUAUACACUGCAGGAGAUAUGGUCAGAAUUUAUAAUUAGGGUGUUAGGUUGGAUGUCAGUUACUCCCUUGUACUGAUCAAAUAAAAAUGAUGUUCUGCCUUGGUGCUUUUCGUUUAGAAAAUUUCAUUUGCAGCCUUGGUGGCAAUCUAAAAUGUACAGCUAAACAGCCAUACAAGUAAUACAAAGUUGGCAACUCUUUUUAGAUUCUUCAUACCCUCAAUGCAUCAUUUAUACAGUUGUCUCUUGUAUACAAAUUCUUUACACUUUUAAAAGUUAUUGUCAAUUUUAGUGAUGAUCUUCAGGAUGUUGGUUAUUUAAGAAAUGUUCUCAUAUUUGACUGCUGAUAGGAGAGCUGUUCUGGUUCAGCAUUGUCAUAUUGUGUAACAGAUUAUUCAUGGAAUAGAAUUAAGGGAUCAUAAACAUCUUGUUAAAAUGUAUGCAUCGUGUUUAUAACUAUGUUGGCUGAUGCCACAUUGAGUAUGUAUUUGCCUUGAAUCAUAGCCUGCACCAUUCAAGAGGCUACAAGAUCUUAAUUAUUGAGAUACAGCACGGAAUAGGCCCUUCGAGCCACACUACCUAGCAUAACCCUAGUAUAAUCACAGAAUAAUUUACAAUGCCCAAAAAACCUACCAACCAGUACUGCUUUGGACUGUGAGAUGAAACCAGAAAAUCCAUACAUACCAUAGGGAGAACAUACAGGCUCUUUACAGAUGCCAAGCUGUAAUAGUGUUGUGUUAACCACUACGCUACCAUAGCGCCCCACUAGUAGGCUCAAAUCUCAGGUCAAUACAUCCCAGAGGUAUAUUUAACCCUCAGAAAUACAUCCAAACCAUGGCAUUUAAAGAAGAAAAUCACUGGAAAAUAUGCCCGUAAAUCUACUUCUAGUGGCUAACACAGCACAGGUUCCCACUUUGUGCUCCAUGGAGAAUUUUAUGGAAAGCACUAUACUAAUAUAUUUGAGCUCUCUUAUACUGAUGAAUUUUAUUUCAAGGUGAAUCAGAAUUCAAAGCUGUGGUGCAAAGUUAUGGUUUUUUGCAUCAAAAGACUGCUGAGCGACAUAAAACCAACGUAUAGCUGGAAAUUUGUGCGGAGUGUGGGGAAGAAUGUUAAAGUCAUUGUUAUCAUUAAAAGUACAGUAAACAACCUUACAAGUGUGUGAAACAUCACUCAUUUAGGCCAGUAUGUAAAUUUGAAAAAAAAUUACGCUAACUUGGGUUCAAAUACUAAAAUACUGCGUUCACAGGUUAUAAGAUUUCAAAUCACAAGGUGGAUACUUAUAGUUCUGUUGGGAGCCAAAUAAAAUCUAGGUGAACUCAAAUCAGUUAACUAACCAUUGUUUAUGAAAAAGGAAAUUUAUCAAUCUAAUUGUAAGUGGAAAUGCAAAGGGAUGUUAGAUGCUCCACUAUAUAGCUUUGUGUUAGUGUUCCUGAAAAUGAUAGCAGUCAAAUCCAAGACUUUGAGUUAAGAUAGUGGUAAGACAUAGAAUAUGGGCUCAGCUUGGCUAACAGAUAAACAGGACAGAAGCUUAGAAUAUCUGUGAUUUGCUGUUGGAUUCAUUUGAUUAUUUUCUUUGGCUCUGCUGUCAGCAUUAGCAGAAAUUGUUGGAACACUUAGCGAAUGUCCAAUUAGCAGGAGAGCAUAUUGUGGCCUUAAGAUUGGAGGGAGUAAAGAGAACACAUCUAAGUUCUUUUGUAUCUUGGACUUUUUAUGAAGAAUUGUAGCGAUUUGGAUGUGAGCCUCUAUUGUGAAUAAUUUCUUUUAAUGCUUAUGUUCAAGACAAUCAAGGAUUCAGCCAAAGACUUAACAGGAUUGGGGUUGCUGACUUAACUCUUUGUUAUGGUCAUGCUCAUUGUCUGCAUUUAUAAUUAAUUUUCCAACUGAACAUCAAAUUCAUUAUUAUGAAUACAUUAUCUUUAAUGCUAUGUGCCUUAUUUUUUAUAAAUAUUUUGCAUGGCACCAAAUGUGGCUUUGGGGUGAACAGAAGAAGGGAUAAUAACAACUAUUAAUCAGAUUUUACUUCUGAUUGAUACCCUGCAAGGCUUCAAAGGAGUUUCAUCAUGAGAAGAAUAGUUUAAGGUUGGAUUCACUUCAGUGUGACACUUCUCUCUUCAGUCAUUGAGCCAAUUACUACUCUUAAGGCCCAUAGGUCUUUUGCAAAGGCAUAAAAAUGUUUACACAGCACUUCACUUAUCUAAUUGCCCCCUUGUGUAAUUUUCCUGCUGAAUAAGGGAAUUGACAAAGUAUAGCAAGAUUAUGUUGUUGACUGCUUUUAUUUCAUAAUCAAUAUUACUCUUGUUGUAUAACUUUAAUUUCAUCAGUUAUGCAAGCAAAGCUGUACAGAAAAAAAUUAUCAAUGUAAAUCAGAACUUCUCAGUUCUGAUAAUUACCUAUUUCAGACUGAGGCCUUCCCAUAGAUUACAAAAUCCCAUACCAUCAAUUGUCAGAUAUUUUCCCAAAAUAACAUUUUGGUAUAUAGACGUAAUAAAAAUGGCCAUGUUAUCUAAUCUGCAGUGGAUUGCAGCAUCCCUGAAUACUUGCAGCAAACACACAAGCUGGGUGAAAAUAAAAGUAAAACAGUGAAAUAAUAAGCCACAAUUUGCUUUAGCAUGACAUCUGAAUUAGCUACAUUUAUAUUAAGGUUUUAAAAAGUUAGAAUAAGAUUCUGAAAACACAAUUUGAUGAGAUCACAAUGACGGACAAGGCAACUGAAAAGUGGGUUAGCAUGAAACUGUUUCAUCAUAACCAAUUAGAUUGGAGGAUUGUGAAAUAAAAGUAUGACAAUUGAGAAAGGGAGCUUAUAUUGGAAAGAGAAUGCAAAGUUAAACAAAAACUGGAAAAGAAAGCAUUGUGCAGUGAAAUUGUAUUACAUGCACCUGUUGCAACAUCACAAAGUUUUGGCAAAUCUAAUGGAAGAUUAGAUUUCAGACAUUCAGAUUUGUGCAUCUAACUUGUGGGAUUUGCAAAAAUUAACCUUUUACUUAAAAAUGGCUCUUCAUGUUUUGGAUUGAAUAUCACAGAUGUUUUGUAUAAUAUAUUAAUUUCUAUCAACCAUACUGAACAGAUCUGUUAGUUGCUGGAACCCAGACAGGCAUUGAGAUACUCAGUGAGCUGCAGUGGUGGAUGUUUCCUUCACACAACAUCCUGAUUUGUGAUGAUGAAGAUCACUGUCCACAGUGUAAAGUCAUAAAUACAAUAAAUGUCUCUAUUACCUGCUGUAGCCAUGGGAAAUUUGCCACACAACUCCCAAGGUUUAGCAUAAACCUAACUUGGUUGUAAAAGUGCCAGGUUCUGUGUACUUGAUUGUAACAAAUAAUUUAUUCCAGUCAUUAUUUCUCUUAAAGACAUUUUGAUUUCACAAAAAAUAUGCUUCCAAACAAUAGUAGUUCUGUUACUUGGGUUUCCUAUGGUUACAGGCCUGAUGCUAUUUUCUUUCUAUCUUCAUAUGCAGCUUGUAAAAUCAGAAUCAUGUUUUCAAAACUAUGAAAUUGAUGUGUUACAUUGCAUAACAACCUACAAGUAAUCCUCUAGUAUUAAAAUUAUUAAAAGUGAUUUGAUGGGAAUGCUAAAGUACAUUGUUACUAUUAUCACUAUUUGCUUAUUCCAACAUGCAGAUUGUUCUCUGCCACUACCUGGAACACAUGCCUGCAUUGAUUUCAGUAUUAUUAUCCUAGCCUUUCCUAUGAUGUGCAAUCUCUAUGAUAAAUGAUUUCUUUUUUACCAUGGUAGAGCGAAGAAUGUUGACAUAGCUGUAGUUAAGGAGCAUAUUUACAGACUAGUUUAUUGCAAUGUACAGUGUUCCUGUUGAUGAAAUAUGCUAAAAAUGGAAUUACAGAAUUUAUAAAUUGUGUUACCACCAUAUUUAAGUUCUGUUGUAUUCAGUAGUAAAACUUACAGGCAUAUUACUGUUUAUAAGAACAAUGAAGUAUGUCAAACAAGAUGAUGUCAUUUUUAAAAAAUCCUGUUUACAAUUGAGAAAAGGGAAUUAUUUAACUUAAUUGGAAGGAAAUGUAUUUGAUAUUUUGCAAUCAGGCAACAUGUGAAAGUCCUGUUGAAAAUAGAUUAUUUGUGCUUCAGUGUAGUGCUGUUUUGUUCAAUCUAUUUUGGGGUAUGUGCUAGUUAAUCCAGAUAAACUCUGCAGCAUUGUACCUACAAAAACUACUGAAUGUGUAAUUGCGCUGUAUUUUUGAUGUAUGUAAUAUGUUAAUGUCACAAAUACACAAUGAAUAUCACUAUUAAUAUUCCUAUAAGAAAAAUCCUGAUUAAUAUUAACAAGGCUUUUAAAAAUCUAGUGCAGAAUAUUGCAGAUAUACUGACCAAGUAAUAAUGUUUAAUAGUACAGUUUUUAGCACUUUGUAAUAACAACUUUAUCCUAUGUAGAUAUUUACAUCAGUAAAAUGAAAAAUAAACUGAUGUGUUUCUUGCUGAAGCAAUUAACCUUUCAUAUUAUAGUUCUUGGAGUGUCCUGGUUUUUGACAUAUAAUCGAUGAAGCAUUUUGAGGUUAACUCCACUGAUCCCAUGAUCUCAACAUGUGUAGCAUUGUAGUCAAAGACAGCUCUGGAUCAGGAAAUAAUUUUCUUUCCAGUUAUUUGUGGAAUAGUUAAUGAUACAUGAUGAAGGAAAUGCAUUGUAACUGUAUUA